AUGGAGGCUAUAGAAGCCGUCUCGCUGGCAGCAAACAUUCUCCAAUUCACUAUUUUCGCCAAGGAUUGCUACGUCGAAAUCAGAGAAAUCAGAGAAUCUGCCAAGGGCCUGACAAAGAAGGAUGCCAAGUUACUCAACUCGACGUCUCGGAGGGAAAAAAUGCUCAGCUCAAUUUCGGUUGGCCUGAGCUCCUUGGAGGGCGAGCUGACACCAACCGAGCACCAGAUACGCGAUAUCGCUGAGAGGUGUCAGCGAAUGGCCAGCGACCUACGCGAAGACAUCGAGAGCAGGCCGGUUAAGAACCGUUCCAAUGUUUUGAAGAUGGCGUUCAACGUUGCCAUCAGACGACACAAGAUUCCUGAGGUAGACGAGAAGAUAGCCGAGUGGGAAGACCUGAAAAAAGACCUUUUUCGAUUACUCAACAUCCACAUCAGCCAACAGCAAAGUGGUGUGAAGCUGGCCCUGGCGGAACUCGUGGAGCAGACUCGCCACCUUGGUAUGGCACACUCCGACGAUCUCGAUCGGAUGAAAUCAGACAUCCUGGAUGCGAUUUCGAAAGAAUCGGAGUCUCAAGAAGCUGCAUUAAAUGUAAGCACCAAGCUCUUCGAGUGGACAAAAAGAGUCUACUCGUUGAAGAAGGAACAGGUCAUCCUUCAGAGUCUCCGGUUCGACGAGAUGGUGGAUCGAAGAGAUGGUAUAGUCGAGGCCCAGCCAUGCACGUUCGAAUGGGUAGAGAAGCCUAAGCUCAGCUUUCUAGAGUGGCUCUCUAAGGAUGAUGGUGUUUAUUGGGUGACUGGUCAUCCAGGGUCAGGAAAAUCGACCUUCAUGAAAUAUCUCAGCCAUCACACGAAGAUGCAUCAGAAGCUAGUCCAAUGGGCCGCCCCAAAGACUCUUGUCACGGCUAGCUUCUACUUUUGGUUCUCUGGCACUGCUCUUCAAAAGUCCCAAGAGGGCUUGCUGCGAUCCCUGCUGUUCCAGAUCCUUCGGCAGUGCCCUUGUCUGAUCCCCGGAGUCUGCAAGUCGAGAUGGUCUUCGGAUUUAGGUAUUCCUUGGACCCGGUCUGAGCUUAUUGACACUCUCAAGUCCUUGACUCUAAAGUCAACAUCUACCAAGUUCUUCUUUCUCAUCGAUGGUCUUGAUGAAUAUCAGGACUAUGCUAACCCGCAAGGUAGCAGGGAGGGUGGAGUUUCUGCACACGUCAGAGACAUCAUUGAAGUUAUCAAUGAUCUAGCAGAUCUUCAAGACAUCAAACUCUGUGUCUCAAGCAGGCCAUGGCCAGCUUUUGAGAACGCUUUUGGCCAAGCCACUCGCCGAAAGCUGUACGUUCACAAUGAGAAUCGCGAGGAUAUCGGUCGCUACAUUCGAGAACGAUUCACGAGUAGUCCGGCCUAUCAGAAGUCAUUGAUUCCCCCCAAAGACCUUCAAACGCUAUCUAACUCGAUGGUUGAGGACUUUCGCGGUGUCUUCUUAUGGGUGUCUCUUGUGGUGGAGAGCUUAUUGCAAGGACUGGAAAACGGGGAUCGGGUUGACGAACUUCGUGAAAGAUUCGAGGAAACCCCAAAGACGCUUCAUGCAAUGUUUGAGUGGAUGCUCGAUUCAGUGGAGGAGAGGUAUCACGAACAGGCUGCUCAAAUACUCCAGGUGGCAUUCCAUGCUCGAGCACCGAUGUACGUGGCCGUCUACUCGUUCAUUGGGGAUGACGAACUAUUACUUGAAGGUGAUCCGAAGCCAUGGAGAGAGGACGAUUGCAUCCACAAAUCAAAAAGUACAGAGGACCGUCUCAAGGUGCGAUGCCCGGAUCUCAUCAAGACCAAGGGCAACCCGAGUACCAUGACAACGGCCCAGAGGAUGACGAAACACCAAGUAGAGUUCUUGCACAGAACGGUCAAAGACUUUUUAUCGUUGGAGGACACUCAAAAGAUGUUGCAAGAUCGCAUCAGGGAGUCUUUUGAUCCCAUGAGGUUCAUCAGCAAAGCCCUCUUGGCUCACAUCAAGGGGGCCGAAAUUUCUGGAAAUCAAGCCUGGUCCCCCACGUCAUGGGAAAUGUUCCAAUUGCUCGAUGAACUCACAUACUAUGUUUUCGAGCUUGAGCAGACAACAAAACUCCCGCAAAUUGAACUACUCGACAAGCUUCGCGAGACAAUCGCGAAGCAGACAGGAAACAGGGAUUUCCUCCUUGAUGGCGAUUCCUUUUUUGGUGUCAUGGCCCAAAAGGAUAUGUAUCUUUACGUUAAGGAAAACCUACCACAGGCUUUACAUGGUCCCGGAGCGCCUUUGCUUGGCAGUGUCCUGUUUCCACGAUGGCAAAGGCCACGGAGGCACGCCGAUGGCCUACCUCACCCCUCUGUUGAGAUGGUGGAGCUAUUGCUCAAGCACGGGGCAAAAACACGCGAGCUCUCAAAAGACAGGAAGGCGACGCUCUGGAGCCAAUACAUGGCAAGGAUCUACGGAGCCCAGGCGGAGCUGAGGGGCAACGCAAGGCUCAGAGAGACACACAUCUCUAUCAUUCGAAUGUUCCUAGAGCACGACGCCGACCCCAAGAUUGAUUGUGUAGUUGGGUUCACGGACGCAAAACCUACAGUAGGCAGGGCAAGGGGGAUCAAGUAUCCUGUGUACAAGGAUAUUGGGUCGAUCUUGAAGGAAGUAUUUGAACCGGAUGAGAGAACGUACUUGGAGCUGCUGCUAAAGCGGAAAUGGCCAAGUUUGUUUUUCAACUUGAGAAAGGCACUGAAGGAGUAG